AUGUCCAAGCAUCAUCCAGACCUCAUUAUGUGUCGCCGCCAGCCGGGCAUCGCAAUCGGCCGUUUGUGCGAAAAAUGCGACGGUAAAUGUCCGGUCUGCGACUCGUAUGUGCGCCCAGAGACCCUUGUCCGCAUUUGCGACGAAUGCAACUUUGGCAACUACGGCGGCCGAUGUAUCAUUUGUGGUGCUCCCGGUAUCUCUGACGCCUACUACUGCGCGGAAUGCACUCGACUCGAGAAGGACCGCGACGGAUGUCCCAAGAUAGUGAACCUUGGGGCGAGUAGAACGGAUCUCUUCUACGAGCGUCGUAGGCUGGGUUUCAAGAAGGGCUGA